GAAAGCGCUACCGGGUUUGCAGUUGACAACGUCCUCCUUGUACAUCUAGAAAAAUCCAUUCAAAGGUUGUCUGUGUAAUCCAAAGGAAAGUUAUUCAAAGAUUCAACAGAAUAGUCAACGGUACCAAAGCAUCAUUUAUUCAUAAACAAACCAGUUUCAUCCUUUCUUCACCAGUUACCAUUUGUCAAAUGAUUCCUGCAACAUGAUGAUCCUCAUAUUUAUCUCCAAACAGGAAUCGAUCUUGGGUUUUUUCUUAUUUUUAAUCGGAAUAAUAAUCUCACUUUUUUCACCUGCUUAUUCAAGGUGCAGUAGUACCUGCGACUUGGCGUUAGGCUCCUACUACGUGUGGCAAGGUUCGAAUCUCACUUUCAUUUCCCAAAUCACACAAAAUUCAAUCCAAAAUAUCCUCACUUACAACCCACAAAUCCCCAAUCAAGAUACAGUUUUAGCCGAUACACGAAUAAACAUCCCCUUUUCUUGUGACUGUAUACGGAACGAGUUUCUGGGCCAUGUCUUUAGUUACGAUGUGAAUACGGGGGACACUUAUGAUAGAGUUGCGGGAACUUACUAUUCGAAUUUGACUACCGGACAAUCGCUGGCGCAGUUUAAUAGUUACUCGCCGAAUUUUAUUCCAGAUACCGCAACGUUGAAUGUCACGGUGAAUUGUUCUUGUGGGGAUGAGGAGGUGUCCAGGGAUUAUGGGUUGUUUGUUACCUACCCUUUGAGGCCUGGGGAGAACUUAAUAUCGGUGGCGGCGGCAAAUAAUCUGAGUUCUGAUUUGGUGAGGAGUUAUAAUCCGAGAGUGAAUUUCAGUGCCGGGAGCGGGCUGGUGUUUAUCCCUGGCAGAGAUCAAAACGGAAGCUAUCGCCCUCUAAGAACAAGCACAGGAUUAUCAAGUGGAGCUAUAGCUGGGAUAUCUGUUGCUGGAGUAGCUGGGUUACUGUUAUGUGCAGGUUGUUUUUAUGUUGGAUUUCACAGGAAAAAGGUAGAAAAGAUCGGAUUGCUCUCAACAUCUGCUGAUCACUCUCAGCAAGCUGGUCAUGCUACAGAUUCUACUGCUGCUCGUGAUGGCACUUCUCCAGGCCUUACUGGCAUUAGUGUUGACAAGUCUGUUGAGUUCUCAUAUGAAGAGCUUGCGAAGGCGACUGAUGACUUCAGCAUUGCUAAUAAGAUUGGUGAAGGUGGUUUUGGCGCUGUUUACUAUGCUGAGCUCAGAGGUGAGAAAGCUGCAAUUAAGAAAAUGGAUAUGCAAGCGACAAGGGAAUUUCUUGCUGAGCUGAAGGUUUUGACGCAUGUUCACCACCUUAACCUGGUGCGCUUGAUUGGAUAUUGUGUUGAGGGCUCUCUCUUCCUUGUAUACGAAUUCAUUGAGAAUGGGAACUUAAGCCAACAUCUGCGUGGCUCAGACAGGGAUCCACUGCCAUGGCCAACUAGGGUGCAAAUUGCUCUUGAUUCAGCAAGAGGCCUAGAAUAUAUUCAUGAACACACCGUUCCAGUGUACAUCCACCGUGAUAUCAAACCGGCAAAUAUUUUGAUAGACAAGAACUUCCAUGCGAAGGUUGCGGACUUUGGUUUAGCAAAACUCACUGAAGUUGGAAGUAAUUCUUUGCCAACGGGACGUCUUGUAGGUACAUUUGGGUACAUGCCGCCAGAGUAUGCUCAAUAUGGUGACGUUUCUCCUAAGAUAGAUGUCUAUGCUUUUGGUGUCGUCAUGUAUGAAUUAAUCUCAGCCAAGGAGGCCAUAGUUAAGGCAAACAGUUCCCUUGCUGAUUCAAAGGGUCUUGUUGCCUUGUUUGAAGAAGUUCUUAAUCAGCCAGAUCCGAGUGAUGAUCUCCGCAAACUCGUUGACCCUAGACUAGGAGAUAAUUACUCCCUCGACUCAGCCCGUAAGAUGGCCCAACUUGCCAGAGCUUGUACGCAUGAAAAUCCUCAACUACGACCAAGUAUGAGAUCUAUCGUGGUUGCAUUGAUGACUCUUUCAUCUACGACAGAAGACUGGGAUGUCGCAUCUUUCUAUGGAAACCAGGGUCUCGUAAAUCUCAUGUCUGGAAGGUAGAAAACAAGCUUGAAUUCCCACGUCUGGUUCGUUACAUUUUGCAGUCUUGGCUUGAAAUUGGAGAAAAAGAGAUUUAAAUGUUGUAUACUUUCUGUAUGUUUCUGUGUUGAUGUUAGUUCAAUAAAGCUCUGAGUUAUAGUGGUUUUUUGAAAAAUUAGUCGUAUCGGAAUAAGUAUUGUUACAUUGGCUAUUCAAUAAUUCAUGUGUAUUAUAUAUCAUAAUUUAUUUA